AUGCGUCACGAAGCCGGCGGCCAGCUCCGCCCCGCCCACGCCCGCGGCCGUCGCCGCGGCGCCGCCUCGCCCGGCCACGGCUCGCCCCGCCCGGCGACCUCCGCCGCGUCCCGGCGAGGCCACGCCCGGCCAUGGCUCGCCGAGGCCACGCCGGCGGCCAGCUCCGUCCCGCCCACGCCCGCGCCCGUCGCGGCGACCGCCGCCCCGCCCGGCCACGGCUCGCCCCGCCCGGCGACAACCGCGCCCCGCCUGCCCGCCCGUGGCCGAGCUGCAGCUGCUGCCUGGCCGGGCCUGCUCGCCCGUGCCCACGAGUGGCCGACGCGGCCGGCGGCGUGCCCGCCCGUGCGUGCCCGACGCGGCCGGAGUCGAGGCGCGCACGGACAGCUCCGACCGGCUCCACCCCUGCUGACCGUUUCUCCCGUCUCGCCUCGGGGAACCUCGGCCCGGCGCAACGCCCACCACUCAGCGACCGGCGCUCCCCACUGCCGGUGUCGCGAUUCGUGGCAAAACGGGGAGGCUCGCUCUCUGGUUUCUCUGUUCGCGGUAAGGUUCCCUAGGGGCGCCGCCGCCACUCACCGCCGGCCGCCUUCCACGUCCUCGAAGCGCCUCGUCGGACGACCUGCACCGCCUCCUCCGUCCACCUCUCCUCCAUCGACCUGCAAUUCCUCCCCCAGCCACGCUUCCGCAGGUCGGCCUGCACCACCUCCUCUGCCAGACCUGCAGCGUGGUCGACCUGCACCACCUCCUCUGGCCGACCUACAGCACUUCAGCCACCGUGGCCAGCCUGCACCAUCUCCUCUGGCCGACCUGCAGCACCUCAACCACCACGGAAAACAGCAGCUCAUCACCUCGCGGUGGCGCCUCGACCCUACCGGGUGGUCGGCCCACACUCGACGACCUGCAGCGCCGCCGGAGCGCGCAGGAGCGUGGCCGGCCAGGGAGAAAGCCCGCAGCAUGGCAUGGCAGAGUUGGAGUGGUGCACGAGCUGACGGGAUUCUAUUUUCUCUCUGGUGGCUCAUACCAGAUCAGUUGAGGUGGCCAUACAACCUCUUCUCUAAUUUCCGGUGACACUCUUGCCGUGCUGCUGGAGUUGUCCACGGAUUGCCCAUUUUUGCAUUCGGCCGCCAGUGACAUGGGUUUUUUUUUUAGUUUGGCUGGUACAUGCUGCUCCCGGUUGAGGUGAAGAUUAGUGUUCGUGGGAGUUAUUUCUUGGGAUGUUCUGUUAUCCAUGUGUGUUCUUGAUUCGAUUUGCUGUUCCGUAGGCUGUCAUGGGAAGGUGCACUUUUAAACAUGCAGUAAUUGUUGCAGGCUGGUUGGUUUGAUGGAUGAGUUGUCAGGUCAUUUUUACGGUUUAACAGGAUCAGCUAGCAAAUUCGCCAAGGCAGGCGGCUGACUAAUUGGCUCCAUGGUUCUACUUCCUAUUUGUGUUGGAAACAACCAUCUUAUAUUAUGUUGAGUGCUAUUAAAAUGAGAGAAACAAUGUUAAUUCCACGGCAAUGUCUGUCCUCAAUGCUUCAUGUAUUUGAAUUACACAAAAGAAUCAUGUAUUUAUAAAGCCAAAGGUGGAUUUGCGAAAAAAUGUUUUAU